CUCAGUAUUUGGUCGCAGCCUAGUACUUCAGUCCUCUGUCACUGUUGACUACUAAGUAAACAACAUCCCGUCACUUAUCCUGGGCAGUACCUUCGCUCCACAAAGACGCAAUUCCAAGAUGGCGUCGACUACAAGCUCUGACGUCCGGGAGGAGCCUUUUCCAGCGCCCUCGAAACUGGCAAACGGGACAGUCAACGGCGUGCCAACUCAGGUCUCGUGCACCAAUUUCGCCGACAAGAUCCUGCUCACCAUCUCGCAAGAGGGCCGCCUGUCGCAAUGGGUCCAAGUACCGCUUGCCGCCCCGUCUCCGGCCCUCGUUGACAUGGCCAUGCCAAGGGCCGAGCUGUCGGCGCUUCCCUCUCUUCACCUGACCCCCAAGACUCUUCUUGGUGGCGGGGGACAGGACAGGGAGACUAUGGGCCAGCUGUACGCCGCUCAGAUCGCCAGCCACCUGGCUCUAAGGAACCCUGAUGACCGAAGGACGCUCUUGGUGGGCCUGGGCAUCACCAAGUUUGACGACCAGAGCCGUGAGGCCUUCUUCGAUCUCCUUGAGUUGGUCACCCAAGCCCUGUGAUCGCGGAGAACUUGGGUCGAAUGAGGCCCCAGCGAGAAAAUGGAAAGGAGAAGACGACGGUCGUUCCCAGCACGCAAUGUUGACUGCCGAAUGCCACCAAAUGCAUCAUGGGCUUGCCUCACGGCUGAAGCAUUGUGGUUGCCUCACCGUCUCUAAACAUCGCGCAUUGGAAUCACUGUGGCCACUAUAUGACUUAUACAAGGGUCAUCGACUCUGCCACCUUUUUCGGCACCAAACAAGCAGUAAGGCUUAGCCAUCAAACCACACCGGACGCCUUCACGUCUCACACCCACCGCAGCGGUUGGAACCCCGAGAACAUUUGGGGAAAUUGUGGUCGGGCCGAGCUGAACUUUUUAACACGCCGUGAAAGUGGUUGAAAUAGAUGUAGGCAACCAUUGGUGAUGGUCAUCAAGGUGUAUGACACGGCUCGUGGCUGCAACCAUGUUCAUCCUGAACAAUGUCGAGGACCUCGCCCGGUUGCCAGAAAGCUCGGGUAUCUGAGAACGUGCCGUUCCUCGCCGCGCCGAAGGGUGACGAGUGCCAUUGAGGUUGUAAGAAAGAAUUAGACAGAUAAUAUUGACCCAUGUGACCACUAAGGGACAACCGAAG